AUGGAGCUCAAGUCCAGGGCGACCGUGUGCGCGCUCCUCGUGACGCUGCUCCUGCUCUCACACGACGGCAAUGGCGGCGGCGGCGGCGGGAGGAUGGUGGCGGAGGCCCGGGUGUGCAUGGGCAAGAGCCAGCACCGCUCGUUCCCCUGCAUCUCCGACCGCCUCUGCAGCAACGAGUGCGUCAAGGAGGAGGGCGGGUGGACCGCCGGCUACUGCCACCUCCGCUACUGCAGGUGCCAGAAGGCAUGCUAA